CACCGACUUGCAGGCCAGGAUUCAUCCUCCGAACCCUCCACGUACACGGAAAGCGCAUCCCAUCGGAAGAAACAGGCCACAGUAGGCCGAGACCUCCAACCGGAAGGCGCAGAAGAUAUCAUCACCCGCAUAUCAGCCCUCCCUGCCCCGCUGUUGACAUCUUUAUGCAUCCCACCUCCUGUCCCUCUCUUCCUCCUCAACUCUUCCUCGAUAGAACGACCUAGACGCCUCUACAGCCCUUGUGGCUUCCCUUUCCUUCUCCCACGCCACCAUGAAUUGUCCAUCCCGGGCUGACCCUGUCCACAAUGAGGGCUGGAACCAGAAUCCGCCUGAUCUCAACGCCGACGCGACCACCCGAGCCGACUUUGAACACAUCUCAAAUGCCAGACGGCAGCAAGACCACCGGAUAGAUCUUGCCGACUCCUCUCAUGCUGAGAUAGAACUCAGCGAAAACCAUGCUACAGACGGAGACAACACCACUGCUCGACUAAAGGCCCUUGAUGGCCAGGGUAAUAUCGUAGUGCAAAGUGGGAAACACCUAGGUUCCCGCACUGCUGCUUCCCCUGUGUCAAGAGUCUAUGCUAGGAGGAUGGCUAGGGACUGGCAACUGGCUUUUCACGGCUUGUACAAGAGGGCUGCUCAAAUUAUGGUCAAAUACUCCAAAUUCAUUGGACCUGGCUUCAUGGUUGCCGUUGCAUAUAUCGAUCCGGGUAACUAUGCCACUGAUGUCGCAGCCGGUGCUUCUUUUCGAUUCAAACUUCUGUUCAUUGUGUUAAUGUCAAACAUAUUCGCUAUCUUUCUUCAGUCUUUGUGUAUCAAACUUGGCUCCGUCACUGGAAUGAACCUUGCUGAAAACUGCAAGGCUCAUCUACCUCCAUGGCUCAACUAUGUCCUCUAUUUCUUCGCAGAAUCAGCUAUCAUCGCGACCGAUAUUGCAGAGGUCAUUGGAACUGCAAUCGCCCUAAAUAUUCUCCUUCAUGUCCCUCUAGUCGCUGGCUGUGCCAUUUCCAUUGUGGACGUGCUCAUUAUCCUAAUCUUCUACCAUCCAUCUGGCACGAUGCGGGGUCUAAGAGCAUUCGAGGGGUUUGUCAUGGUCUUGGUCUUCGGUGUGGCCAUUUGCUUCUGCUUUGAGCUCAGCCAGAUCAAGAAUACAUCUGUUGGGGACGUCUUCCGAGGAUAUAUCCCCUCUGCUACCCUCAUCAAGUCCCAAGCACUGUUCCAAUCUUGCGGUAUCCUGGGCGCUACCGUCAUGCCUCACAGUCUCUACCUAGGCAGCGGAAUCGUCCAGCCACGCCUCCGCGAAUACGACGACGCCAACAAUCCUUCCUUAACCAGCGAAACCGACUCCAUCGACUCCGAAAUCAAAUACAGGCCCUCCCUUGCUGCAAUCCAAUCCUGCAUGUCUUACUCCAUCGUCGAACUCGCCAUCUCACUUUUCACCUUCGCCCUCUUCGUCAACAGCUCGAUCCUAAUCGUUGCGGGUGCCUCUCUAAACGGCCUCCCUGAAGCCUCCGACGCAGAUCUCUUCACAAUCCACAAUCUUCUUUCCCGUACGCUCGCGCCCGUCGCGGGGACCCUGUUUGCGCUCGCGCUCUUGCUGUCUGGAACGUCUGCUGGCAUUGUGUGUACGAUUUCUGGGCAAAUAGUAUCGGAGGGCCAGCUUAAUUGGACAUUGAAACCGUGGUUGAGGAGAUUGAUUACGAGGUUGAUUAGUAUCACGCCAUCUAUUAUUAUUGCGGGGGCGGUGGGGAGGGAGGGCCUGGGGAAGGCGUUGCAGGGGAGUCAGGUUGCGCUUAGUGUUAUUUUGCCGUUUGUUAGUGCCCCCUUGCUCUGGUUCACGUGUCGGGGGAGAUAUAUGAAGGUUUCAGUGAGGAACAAUCGUGAUGUUAGUGAGAGGGAUGGCGUAGUUGAGGUGGAAGAGGCAGUGGAAGAAUCGGUGCAGAUGCGGAAUCAUUGGAUUACAGCCGUUUUUGCGGUUCUGAUCUGGGGUGUCAUUGUGGUUAUGAAUGUUGCUUUGUUGGUGCUUGUGGGUAUGGGGGUUGCGUAGAUGGGAGAGAUAGGAGAGAUGCUAUGGGGGGUGAGGGUCAUGGGUGGGUAGGGCAGCGAUGGGAUACAGGAGUUAAUGGCGCUCUAACCUGUUUUUUGAGGCUGGGUUUGCAGUUUAGUAUGCUAGGUGGUGCAGGCGAUGAAGGGACUGAUACAACGUGAAUCCCUAAUCCUAGAUGGCUGGGCUAAUCCCAGGACAGGGUUUCUAUCUAGUACAAAAAC